AUGCAGACAACUUUCUCCGCAGGGCCUGUCACUCUGGAUCCACGAUCUGCCCAUUCAGACCUUGUUGUCUCUGAUGAAAAGACAAGUGUGACCUUGAAGGCCUCCUGUGUGGACGCUGCAGAUAAAUGCAGUGUACUGGGCUUUGAGGGCAUCACCUCAGGGCGCUGUUACUGGGAGGUGGAGAUCAGAGAUGGAGACCAAAGCGAGUGGGCCCUGGGGGUCUGUAGGGAAGGUGUGAACAGGGAAGGCUGGUACGGCUGGUGCAUAGAGUCCUCAGAUAAGGGGUUCUGGGUUGUGGGGAGAUUUGAAAGAAGAUAUUUUGCCUAUACUGUACCUUAUACUGUGCUAUCCUUCAUGCAGGCUCCCCACCCCAGGCUUAGAGUGGGGGUGUUCCUGGACCACCAGGAAGGGGACGUCUCCUUCUACAACAUGACUGAUGGCUCCCACAUUUUCUCCUUCUCUCAGGCUCUCUUCUCUGGGACUCUCUUUCCAUACUUCAUGAUUAGGUCAGGGGACGUGUCCAUGACCAUCUGCUCCGACGUGGGAGGGUCUGAGGGGCUCCCUGUUGCCCUUAGCAAUCCUUCUCUGGAGGAGCCUGUGAGCUUCCCAGGGGCGGGGUUCAGCUCAGGCUCUGGUGCUGAUGGUCUCCCUGGGGCCGAGUCUCCAUUGCUGCCCUGCAACCCCGAGGCUGUGUCCCCAUAGGGCCCAUCACUGUCCUGACCCCUCGCUGUGGCUCUUCCUGGAGCUUCAGAUCCCUUGUGACAGGGGCCUCUGAGGUGCAGCCUGGAUGACUGGGGGGUCUCAUCCCCCUGCUCUGGAGACAGACUCCUGGGCAUGUGGUUACAACAAUCAUCAGUUCAUGCCAUGGACUCAGGUUUGAGAAGCUAGAUGUGGACUGUUUCUGAAUUAGUUUUGAUUAGGCUGUAAUUUGCCAUGGGAAGUCAAUUUUCUGGUGAUAAUAAAAUUU